AUGGAUGGUUUCACAAACCUUCUGCAUAGUCAAAUACCUAUAGACCUUGAAUCACCCGAACCUUAUUGGUUCGGGUCUGAAGUUCCUGCUCAGUCUGCUGAGAGGAGGAAAUAUUCUCCUAGAGAAGAUAAGAUCCUUAUUGGUGCUUGGCUUAACACCAGUAAGGAUCCUAUCAUUGGCAACGAGCAGAGAGUUGGGGAUUUCUGGAAGCGUAUUGUAGAGUACUACAACGCAAGCCCUCUGCUCGUUGGUCAAACAGCGCGAGAGAUUACCUCUUGCAAACAGAGGUGGAGUAGGAUCAACGGGGAAAAAAGUGGGGAAAAUGAUGAUGAUGAUCUGAUGAAAGCUGCAUUAGAUAUAUUCUUCACCAAGUAUGGUUACAAGUUCACACUUGAUCACUGCUGGAGGGAGCUGAGGCAUGACCAGAAAUGGGCCUCGAUUUAUGUGGCUAAGGAAGGUGGAAAGGAAAAGCGGAGGUCCGUCUUGGAGGUUGAUACAGAAGAAGCGGACGUGGGAGAUCCAGAGGAGAGACCAAUCGGGGUAAGGGCUGCGAAAGGUGGCAGUAAGAAGAAGAAGAAGAGUGGUAAAGAAGAAGAGUUGUCCAAGUUAGGUGAAGUAGUCACGGGCGUCUAA